UCGUGCCUGGCUGACCGAGUUGCGAGACAGCCCGCCGCGCCCGCUUUCUCCCCCGCACGAAACACAGCUGGCAGCCGACGCGCAGCCCGCGUCACCCUGCCAGCGUCCACGAAAGCGAUGACGCAGCAACAGCGACGCAGCACCCGCCACGAUGCCCGCCGACGACGCUCCGCCAGCGCGCAACACUAGUCCCAAGCGGAGGCGGACAACACGAGACGAAAGCCCGGCACCCGGCCAGAGCGCCCCACAAGUCGGCAGCGUCGGCAGCAUCCUCACCCUCACCGAAGGCACCACCUUUAGUGCUCCUCGCACCCCGAAACGCGCAUCGAGUCCUAUCCGCGAGCUGACCCAGCUGUGCACGGCGCGGCCGCCCAUCCUGCAAGAUGCGCUCGCGAUGCCGACCCACGCCCUCUCCCCUCACGUCAACACCCGCCUUCAAGCGCUACGGAAGAGAACGCGACAGCACAACAUGGAGGGCUACAUUCCAAGAUGUUUGAAGGACGCGCUGGGGGGAGAGCUGGCCUUCGCUACUGCUUUGCAGGCCGAGCCCAUCGACGACGAGGCAUACGACGACGGCGUCGACAGCACACGGGAAGACAUCGCUGAUAUCGUGGAGCGGGUCAAGGCUGUCUUUCAGGGCACCGAGCUCUGCCAGAAGGGUGGGAAAGACGAGAACGGCUGGUGCCUCGAUGUCGUAGGCCCUUUGCUCGAGCUCGCCAUGGUUCUGUACGGCCAUGGCCGCUUCCGGCGGGAAAUCGUGCAAUCCCAAAGCAUUCAACCGGCAUACCUUUCGCUCGUCCUCAACCACUCGAGCGAUCCGCCCCGAGAGCGACCGCUGUUUCGCAAGACGGACUUCUGCUUCUCCUACUCGCACCUAUCUCCCCAAUACGCGACCCUCUACGAGCGAUUACGGAACACUCUUGUGGCGCACACAACGGACAACUUCACCCAACGGGCCGCGCUCUUCUCCGGCGUUGAGGUGAAGCCCGCGGGUGGGAGUCUAGCCGAAGCACAGCUUCAGCUGAGCAUCUGGAUGGCGGCGAGUCUACGAAAGAAGGCGGAACUCUUCAGGAAUACUUUCGGGCACGAGUCUUGCUUGGAUACUCCCGCACCGGACCCUGCUCCGGCAAUCGACGAAGGCGUCGACGUCGCCUCUACCAGGGCAAGCACCUCUUCGCCACACUGCCCCCAACGCGACGCCCUGAUCGAACCGGCGGUGACUAUCAUCGGCGCGGAGCACAAGUUGUACUACGCGCUCGUCUCCGGUCUCUCUGAUCCCGCCGAUCCCAAGGGCUGCACCGUCUCAGUCCUAGGCCCCGAUCGGAAUCUCGCCGGCCUCUCCACGGAAUCCAUAUCGGGCAUAUUCCGACUGGCUCGCGUGUACGGGAACAUCUUUCAGUAUGGGUUCGAUGAAGACCCAAAGCACGGCUACUGGGGUGCAUUUCUGGGUCCGUUGCUAGAGGAGGUUGCGAGGGCAAGCAAUGGUGGAUGAGGAAGAGAUAGCCUUCCACAUAUAUCAAUCAAACGUCGUUCGUACGCCACGGGGAUGCGAUGUAAUAGUCGCCACACCGCUUUGUCUCGUUCGCCUUGUCUUCUACACCUCUACACCUUCAUACUUCCACAACAACUCGCUCCAUUCUGCUCCGUCUUAUCGCCGUACGUUGAUCGCCUAUAAUGCGCAACACGAACUCCUGCAAGCCUACGCGUGAUCCGGAUAGCCUUGUGUGCUGCUCAACCUC